AUGGACUACUAUAAUCAAGACCGAUGUCCGGUCUACGCCUCCUUCUUCGGAGCCAUAGGAUGCACCUUCGCCAUAACCUUAACCGUCCUAGGCGCCUCCUACGGCACCGCCAAAUCCGCCCCGGCCAUCUUCUCCUCGGGAAUCAUCCGCCCGGACCGCCUCAUGCAGAACACCCUCUGCGCCGUCAUGGCCCAGAUCCUCGCCAUCUACGGCGUUGUCGCCGCCGUCAUCAUCUCGGGAGACCUAGCUGAGCGCAUGGCGCUGCACACGGCUUUUUUGCAGCUGGGCGCUGGGUUGUCGGUGGGGCUGUGCGGGUUGGCGGCUGGGUUUGCGAUUGGGAUCGUGGGGGAUGCUGGAGUCCGAGCAAGCACGCAGCAGCCGCGCCUCUACUUCGGAAUGGUUCUCAUCCUCAUCUUCGCCGAGGUCCUCGCCCUCUACGGAGUCAUCGUCUCGAUCCUCAUGCUCACGCGUUCGACUCUCGGCGUCACCCAGUGUCGGUACUAG